AUGUCCGCCCUCCUCUCGCUCCUUGGUUGGAGCUUCCUCCCAAAUCUCGUAACCGGUUGGACCCAAUCCCUCUACUACAGCAUCACCAUCCGGGCGGGCGACCCCAAACCCCAACCCGGCACCCCCCGCUGGGCCGAGCACCGCCUCCGCAUCCACAUCGCCGUGGUCGCCCUGUACCUGCUCUACACCAUCUACGAAGCCGACUACGACCUGCAGCGCGCCGGCACCUACUACACGGACCUGGGCGUGCCGCUGGACGCGACCGAGCGCGAGAUCAAGUCGCGCUUCCGCCGCCUCGCUGCCCUGCACCACCCGGACAAGGUGUCCUCCUCCACGGUGGGGGGCAGUGGCCCAACGCAUGAGGAUAUCAAUGCGUAUUUUGUGCACCUCAAGAUGGCGGCCGACGCGCUGGCGGACCCGGCGAGGCGGUUCACAUACGAACGGUUUGGGCCCGAUGUUGUGGGCUGGAUGCGAUGCAUGACGGCCCACAGCGUCACCCGCCCUGGUAUGCCGCGCGUGCUGGAGCGCGUGGUGAAUCCGUUGUUGGGGCGGUUGGCGGGCCGCCCGCCGUACCUGCCUUUUCAGGCGAUCGCGUUGGCGAGGAAGCUGAGUGUGACGGUGUAUAUUGCGUUUUCCCAGAUCGGGCCACUGCUAGCGGCGGACACGCGGAGUGGGCAGCUGGUGGUGAGCGCGACCAAGGGUGGAGAUGAUGAGAAGGCGCUGAGGGAAGGGUUGGAGAGGUUGGAGGCGGCGGUCAAGCGGUUGGAUGUGGAUACCACGCGGUUGUUGGAGACCGAGAUGGCGCCGUUUGCGGGGACUGAAGAUACGAGGAGCACCAUGUGGGCUAAGGUCAAGGAGUGGCUAGUCCAGAACACGAUCCGCUCGGAUCCCAUGGUGCGGGAUGCUCUGGGGAAGUCGUUCGCAAAGCGCAGGAUGGAAGCGCCGGCAGGGGCUAGGGGGACUAAGUAA